AGCCAAGGCACCUGUGCCGUCAGACGUUGCCCAGCGUUAGAAGCAACGAGCUGGAAUGCAUGACCAACAUCACCCUGGCAAAUGUCAUCCGACAGCUGGGCAGCCUGACAGGAGUUGUGUUCCUCUGAGGUGUUUUUCCAGGAUAGUGUUGAUGGAUGCCAUUGUGCACUCGCCCACUUUUGAUCAGACCAUUCCUAAACUUGAGGAAGCUGAUUUGAGGAACAAGAGCAGCUUUUGCCCAAGGAAACAAGAUUUCCUGACAUGAGACUGACCGGCCUCUUAUUCAUCCAGUAAACAUGUAUGGAGCAUAUUUCACAUGCUGGAUACUGCAAAGAUGCAACAAUGAGAAGUGAUCUCUGCCUUCCAAAUGCUCCUAAUCUGCCAAAAGAGAGAUACAUAAUUCUUGAGAAGACAGUGGGAGAGGGUAAAUAUGCAGAGGACAUUUUUGGAGAGCUCUUUACUCAGGCAAACACCUUUGCCUCUCGGAUAAGCUCCCUUGCUGAGAGAGUCGACAGACUACAGGUUAAAGUCACUCAGCUGGAUCCCAAGGAAGAAGAAGUGUCACUACAGGGAAUCAACACCCGAAAGGCCUUCAGAAGCUCUACCAUUCAAGACCAGAAGCUUUUUGACAGAAACUCUCUCCCAGUACCUGUUUUGGAAACCUACAAUACCUGUGAUACUCCUCCCCCUCUCAACAAUCUUACCCCUUACAGGGAUGAUGGAAAAGAGGCACUCAAAUUCUACACCGACCCUUCAUACUUCUUUGAUCUUUGGAAGGAGAAGAUGCUGCAGGACACCAAGGAUAUCAUGAAAGAGAAGAGAAAGCAUAGGAAAGAAAAGAAAGAUAAUCCAAAUAGAGGGAAUGUAAACCCACGUAAAAUCAAGACUCGUAAGGAAGAGUGGGAGAAAAUGAAGAUGGGACAAGAAUUUGUGGAGUCCAAAGAAAAGCUGGGACCUUCUGGGUAUUCACCUGCCUUGGUGUACCAGAAUGGCAGCAUUGGCUCUGUUGAAAACAUGGAUGCAGGCAGCUACCCACCACCACCGCAGUCAGACCCCACCUCUUCACCUUCUCCUUCCUUCUCUGAGGACAACUUGCCUCCCCCACCAGCAGAAUUCAGCUAUCCAGCAGACAACCAAAGAGGAUCUGGCUUGGCUGGGCCCAAAAGAACCAGUGUGGUCAGCCCAAGCCAUCCACCCCCAGCUCCUCCUCUGGGCUCUCCACCAGGCCCCAAACCUGGGUUUGCUCCACCACCUGCCCCUCCACCUCCACCUCCAAUGGGCGUCCCACCUCCACCACCACCUGUAGGAUUUGGGUCUCCAGGGACCCCUCCGCCACCUUCACCCCCUUCAUCUUUUCCACCUCACCCUGAUUUUGCUGCCCCUCCACCUCCUCCCCCACCACCGGCAGCUGACUACCCAACUCUGCCACCACCUCCCUUAUCCCAACCAGCAGGUGGAGCUCCUCCUCCUCCUCCUCCUCCCCCUCCUCCAGGGCCCCCACCUCUCCCCUUCAGUGGUGCAGAUGGCCAGCCUGCCAUACCAUCACCACUUUCUGAUGCCACCAAGCCCAAGUCCACCUUACCUGCUGUGAGCGAUGCCCGUAGCGACCUGCUUUCUGCCAUCCGUCAAGGCUUUCAGCUGCGCAGGGUUGAGGAGCAGCGGGAGCAAGAGAAGCGUGAUGUUGUGGGCAAUGACGUAGCCACCAUCCUGUCACGUCGCAUUGCCGUUGAGUACAGCGACUCAGAAGAUGACUCCUCUGAGUUUGAUGAAGAUGACUGGUCGGAUUAACUUGUUCUGCCUGCUGCCCGCUUCUUUCUUUCCUUCCUUCCUGCCUUCCUACCCUAAUAGUCCCAUGAGGGAAAAAGGGAGGAAAACAAAUUUUAAGGGGCCAAAGCCUUCUCUGAAGCAACCAAAGCUAUAUCCAAGUGCUUUCUCCUUUCUCCAUUGCUAGGCCCGUGGGCUCCCUGAGCAUAUUCCCUCUUUAAGUGACUUUUGCAUAUUUGGAAGGAAGGAAAAACCCCAAAGCAGAUCUCUUUGAUUGGGUUUCAGUUGGAGAUACUGCCUUCCCCUAAGAGCUAUUCUCAACUGUGGCCUUCUUCCAAAAUCCUUGCCCUCAGUUGCUUAAAUAAUGGUAACAUCAUCUACAGCACUGAGAAUGACCUGUGUGGACACAGCCGACCCCUUUCCUGUGCCCCAAGAGUAUGGCAGGUCUAGUGCCCCCACAGCCAGACUGUCACAGCCCUUUGCCCCACAUUCUACCCUUUUUAGCAGAUGGGGCUGCUUUUGCUUAGUGAUCUCUAAGCCUGGGAUACUUUUGUUCCAUGAGGCAUCAAGCCUGUAAAGAAUGUCUCAGCUUUCUGCCCAGAAAUGAUGCCUUUCUGAAGACUGGGACUGUUGCCUCUCUCCCAGGCUCCCUCUUAAUGAGUAUGGUAUUCAAGUGUCCUUUAAAUGCCCCCUCCACCCCUAGGUGCCUUCAGGCUGCACAGCCCAGUUUUAACCUCUAAUAUCCAUGACCAAACUACCCUGACACACAGGGACCUGGGCCCCUGCUGGCUGUCAGGAAGAAAGCAUAGAGACUUGGAACUACAGGACUAGAAGGACAGUGGAACUCCUUGGGUUACACCCUCUUAAGGAUGCUGAGGCCUAGAGAUGGGAAGUGACUUGCUUAAGGUCACACAGUUGGACAGUAAUAGAGCAAGAGCCCAGACUUCCUGAUUCCAAGUUACCUGUGCUUUCUGGGACCAAAUAAUGGGCACUUGCUGGAGUCUGGGCAGAGUAGUCUUGGCUCUGUGCUACUCCAGACCUCUCAUAGGCGGGAGUCCCAGUCAAAGGGCUCAGGGCCUGUGCCACCUCAUCAGUACUGCUCCCACCCUUAUAGCCUGUCUUGUAGCCUUUUGUCACCCCUUUCUAUCUCUAGCCAAUCAUGUGGCCUAGGAGCUGUGCUUCUGAGGGACCAGAAGUAAGGAGAAAAGAAAGAGGGCAGGCAGCCUUGACAGGUGCUGUUUUCAGUUCCUCUGCAGCUCCUCCCCCUUUCACUUCCCCAGUUUAAGCCAGGGUUCUGCCAGCUGUAGAAUCUUCAGUCCCUCGGGCUGGCAGCCGCUGCAGGUAUCUGCCUGGGGGGGCCUGGAAGCCAUGAAGGCUGAAAGGCAGAGGGACUCAGGGUCUUCUUUCUGGCUCCCCAUUCAUUCUGCAUGGUGAUGUUGAGCACCCUUUGCCCCCCUUCCCAGAGCUAAUACAUAGGUGCUAUUAUUCGGGAAAAAACUGGUCAGCUCUAGCCAACAGCAAGGCUGCUUCUCUUCUGCUCCAACUAUUGUGUAGCCUCUUAUGCUGAAAUCGGCUUCUCCUGGCUUCUCGGGCUUUCAGAGCCUGAAACAAAGAGAAACAGGAUCUGUCUCUGCCCAGCACAGCAAAUGGUUGUAGUAAUUGCCAAAGCCCUCAUAAACCCCUCUGGCUUGAGGAGAGUGUGUAAUCAUGGGCACUGCUGCCUGCCCUUGCCGAAUAACCCCCCUCUGCCUCCUUUCUUGAAUUCAGAAUGUGGGGACUGAACCUGAAGGUGCCAGAGGCCCUCCUGUUAUGCCUACUCCAGUGUGCCACCCCCCCGCCAUUGGGUGUCUGUGGCACAGGACUUGGCACCCAGCUCCAUACUGAGCACAUAAGCUGUGCCUUCCGCACAUGUUUCCCACCCUGCACUUUGAAAGCCAGAGGUGCUUUCACCAGAACCCUAAAAUGGCUGUUGAAGGUGCCCCAGCUGCAGCCCAGGAAUGGCUGUAGAGGCAAGCGGAGAGCAGUGGUUCUCCCAAAUAGGAGUCCUGGGGCCUGGCCAGGUCAGGGUUUGGGCCUAAUGGCUUUCACUAAAUUAUACCCAUCCUCCUCCUUUCCGGAAAAAGGGGGAGCCAGAGCCACUCACUAUCAUUCUGUUCUGACCUUGAAGGGGGUGGUGUUGGCCUGGCUUCUGGAAUGGACAGAGUCCACCAUGGAAAGGGCUGGGGGCAGGAGGAGGUGGGGAGGGGCUCUGCCUGGGGAAGGUAGGAUUAGAUCAUUAGCUCAGUGACCUCCUAGGGUUUCGAUGUGCUGUGUUCUCAUCCUACAGCUGGUUUGGUAAUGAUCUGCAAGUCCCGGAGAGCAACAGCACAGCUCUGCCUAACGCUCUCAUUAAAAUCUAUGCAGCCAAGCUCGGUGCUUUGUAGCAGCCGGCCUUGCGAAGCCUCCUCAGCUCGGGGUCUGGGGACCCAGUCAGCUGAGAGGCCCUCUGGGCUCUAUUUAUGCAUAUGUGCACCAAAAAAAAAAGUGCUACUUUAAACCCAGGGCCCUUUAAGAUGAUAAAGGACCCAGUGCAGGUAGGCAUGUGUUUGUGGAAUCCUGUAAUUGUAGAAUGCUAAGUUUGGUGAUUAUUUAAACUGGGCUGAGGCUGGUAAGAGUAUAGAACAAUGGCCCAUAAGGACUCUUAAGCACCAAAGCCAAGAAGCCACCUCCCUUCCUGGUCUGCUCAGCCCAGGGGACCUGCCCCCAUUCCUGUGGCCCAGGGGCCCAGCUUCCAUUCGGCAGUGUCAGAAGUGACUUGUAGCUUUGCCUUGCUCAUGAGAUGAUUUCAUUCUAAGGGAGCGGGUGGGGGUGGGGGAAGCAGUGAUCCCUUGGAGGCUCAGAGCAGCUGGCCUGAACUCCAGCUUGCCUCCAAUGGAAGCUCGAGCGCCCUCAGAAACGACCCUGGCCAAUGUCACCGCAGAGCUGAGGCAGUGUUGUCAGGGCUAAUGUGAAAUCUCUUCCCGUGGCGCCGAUCCUCCGACUCUGCAGCGCCAGCUUGGACAGAUUGAGGUCUCUGUGGCUUUGGUGACCCUGCUUAAGCAUUCCCACCGUGUCCCUGCUCUGCUCUAGGACUGCCUCCCGCAGCAGCCCCUCACCUGACCUCAGGGCCUGGAGAGGGAGGCAGUGUACAAGGGCCAGGCGUUCAUGCUCAGAAAAGAUGUCAGUCUGCCUGGGGGGCAUCAGGCUUUGAGCCCUGCCAGGGUCCAGCUGACCCAGGACCAGAUAUCACCCAGAGAAGUGCCUCCUCCUGUUCUCUCUGCCACAUUCAGUGAGGGCCGGGGAACAAUUCUGUUACUGUAUUAACUUUAUUCAGUUAAUUCACUUGAGAAACUAACCAAUUUUUACUUUCUGUCUAGAAUGAUGUACCUGUAGGAGAGUAAGCUAUAGUGCUCCCAAAGUGCCUUGUUUUCUCUGAUAAAAAUAUAUUUAUAAGGACAUAUUUCAAUGGGUUCUUGGUUGUGUUUUGCACAUCAAGAUUUUAGGGAUUGAGCAAAGAUGCCGUCUGGAAACAGGCCCUUUCCCUAAGGCUGGGAAAGGGAAUGGCUCUUCAGCUGGGGAUAUGAGCAGUGAGGUUAAGCCAGACUCUGAAAAUGGCCCUUUCCUCUUCUGCCCUAUUCUCAGACUGUUAGGACAUCCAAUUUUUAGAGCUCUAUGGCUCCAAGCCUGGUCUCAUUUGCUUCCCUGACAGGCUCAUGUGUAUACCACAUUUGUACCACAGUGACCUAAAGUUUCCAUGUAACUACUUUUUGUAUGCACAUGAAUACUGAAAUGCCAACGUCUUCAAUAUUCUGAUAAAGACUUGUAGCCACUCAGCCAUCUCUGGGGUGUGUGUGUGUGUGUGUGUGUGUUUCAUGGGAGAAAAGAUGAGAAGAGGCAACACUGAUAACCACAGGCGGUGACAGAACUCUGAACUGGGGUCCAGCCUGGGUGGGCUUGAAGGGCAGGAGGCUUCUGGAUGGAGACCUGAGUUGGGGAACCCGAAGCCCAAGCCCUCUCCCCCAUGAGGGUGGUGUGCUGGCCAGGGAGAUGGCUGCCAGCAGUUUCUUGCACCCGGCUGGAGAGGAGCACAGUCUGAAUGCUGAUGCUGCCUCCCAACAUCUGGCCCACAUCUUGUCUGCCUCAGACCCAAGCAACUUACCUUAAGUAGAAAGAUUCACAAUUGAAUCCGAUAAAAGGUUCAGGCUGCUGCACUCCCCCUCUGCCUGAGGAAGGCGAGGGGGCUGGCUUUAUUUUCUGACCC